AUGAAAUUACCUUCAAUCUUACACUUUAAAAGAUACCACAGAGGUUGUACUUUCUCUCCAGUCCUCAGUUUCAAAUACCUACAAAAUAAUGUAACGAAGUGUGUUAAAUAUAUAAAAAGGAGCAAGAUGGCGACGAAAGCGUUAGCAAAGUCUCUAGGUCUCGUCUCCAACCCUCUCCUCCAGCGGCAACACCACCCCAGAAAACGAACUCAGCUAUUCCAGUACCUCAUAGUGCUAGACUUCGAGGCAACAUGCUGGAAAGACAAACAAAACCAACCAUCCCCCGGGGAGAUCAUAGAGUUUCCAGCUGUACUGUUAGAUUGUAACACCGGUAAAGUAGAGGACACAUUCCACCAGUACGUGAUGCCUGUGGAGAGCACUACUCUCUCUGACUUCUGUAGAAAUCUAACAGGAAUAUCACAAGAAACUGUCAGCCAAUCAGAUCCACUUCCCGCUGUCAUGAAACUGUUCAGUGACUGGGUAAAGUCAGUGUGUGCUGCUAGAAACAUCCUUAUAAACUCCACUACCGAGCAACCAGGUAAACAUCACGCUACGUUUGUCACAUGGAGUGACUGGGAUCUAGGAACACAACUACUCUACGAGUGUAAGAGGAAGUCAGUGUUCCGUGCUUCCCACUUUAACGCCUGGAUUGACUUACGCUUGGUGUACAGGAAGUACUAUAAAUCUAAACCUCAGGGAUUAAAUGGAGCUCUGGAGGAGAGAGGGAUGAUGUUUGUUGGGAGGGAACACUCCGGUAUUGAUGAUGCAAAGAACACAGCUAGGCUUGUUUUUAAGAUGAUCUGUGAUGGUCACUGUUUCAGAGUAACUAAAACAAUCCAGGGUAAACAGGUGAUGUCAGUGAAACCUGCUACCAUCUCUAAACCGAACACAGUUAUCACUAAACCUCCCUGUCCUUUUAAAACCACUAUAACUCCUCCUCUUUGUAAGUGUGGAACAGCGUCUACUAGGAAACAGAUACUGAAUGGGGGGCCGCAUCACGGUAGAUAUUAUUUUACUUGUAAGAGCAAGUCUUGUAACUUUUACUCUUGGGAAAGUGUUGUAAUUCAACUCAAUAAAACUCACACGGAACACAGGGGGAUCAGGUACUAA